AUGGCGCUUAUCCUUCCCACGACGUGCGGUGGCUGCAUCGUCGCAGGCCUUCCUCCCCUGCACAGACGAACGCGCACCUCGCCUCACCGCGUUUCACCCCGCUAUCUCAAUGUCUCGUCUGCCGGGUGCGUUCUUUCCCAGAGGAACCUGAGCGCUUAUCAGUUCGCGUCGCUCGUGCCGCUGCCGCUAAUCGCCCACGCGGCAGCCGCGUCAGCGAAGCUUCAGCGAAAUGCCGCGCUCACGUCGCGUGUCGUCGCUCGCCAAUCAGAUUCGACGCAGGAUGAUUCGUUAGAAUCGUCGCAGCCGGAUGCUUCGCAAAACAAGCCAGCCUCCUUCACCCUUAAAGCGGCUUCGGCAGCUGUAGCUGCAGCUGUCACCGCUGCUGCAUCCGCGAUUUCCGCAUUCACCGCUCCUGCGGCGCUCGCCGUCGACUCUGACGCGCUCUCCCGCUACGAGCAAAUCGCCGGCAAGGCCGUGCAGCGCUCCGUCGUUACAAUCACUUCCGCUGCCGCUGGGCCCAUUAAUGCCACAUCGGCUGGGGAGGCCGCCGGAGCUGCUGCCGCCGGAUCCGCCGCUGGGGAGGCCGCUAGCGUCGUUGCCUCCACCGUAUCCGACGCCGUCUCUGCCGCCGCACCUGCCGCCGUGACUGAAGCCGCGUCGGCCGCCGCCUCUGCCGCCACUUCUGCCGUCACUUCCGCAGCGGCUGGAGUCGCCGACCUGUUCACCAGCGCCGUCCCCGCCGCCGCUUCCGCCGCCGUAUUCGACGCCGAAGUGGCCCUCGCUUUCGCGGCCGCUGCGGGAGCAACGGCGCUGCUCGCUGGGGCGUUCUCGUUUCUUACGCGGAAGCAGUACGCGGGGGAUUUGACCCCAGAAGCGGCUCUGGAAAAGGCCCUGGAAGAGGCUGGGGAGGAGUGGGAGGAAGAGGGCGAAGCGGUUGUUUUGCUGGACAUUCGCGACGGCAAGGAGAAGAGCCGAUCGGGUAACCCGACGCUGAAAAGCUCGCCGAAGCGGCUGGUGGCGGUGGCGUAUCGCGAGGACUCUGUGAAGCGGAAAGCGGAGGAGGGCGAGGGGGACGGGGAGGACGACGUGGUGAUUGAAUUGGGUGAUCGUAAAGAGGGGUUCCUCGACGCGGUUAAGGACGCUAAAGCCGUGUCGGAAGGAUCUACUAUCAUCGUUAUUGAUAAGGCCGGGGAGGACGCCGUGGAUGUCGCCAAGCAGCUGACGUCAGCGGGCUUCAAGAAUAUCUUCGUCGUGGCUGGAGGAGCUGACGCGUGGCAGGAAGGGGGGCUGCCGUGGAAGAAACCGUUCCUCCGCCUGCCCACGCCUGCGCUACCCUCGCUCCCUUCGCUCCCCUCGUUCAACCUCGGAAUCAACCUCGAGGACUCCGUUUCUACAGUGAAAGAGGUCUUCACCACUGUAGAGAGCGGUGCAUCAAAAACAGCGUCAGCAGCAGCAUCAGCAGCUCCUGCAGCACUCGGCAUCCUCGCUGCUGCGGGUCUCUCUGUGGCAGUGCUGGCGGAGGCGGAGGCACUACUAACGCUGGUGGCGUCAGUGGCGCUCGUGCAGUUCAUAGCCACUAAGCUGCUCUUCGCCAAGGUGAGGGGUGGUGGUGGGGUGGUGGGGUGGUGUGAGGGGGCAAGCUCCACACAAGGAAAGACUCACUUGCAGGGCCUGCUCGCCUCCAUGGUGCUCGUGCAGUUCAUAGCCACCAAGCUGCUCUUCACUAAGGUAGGUGGGGUGAUGCGUGCAUGCGCCAUGGUGGGGGGAUGGAUACUACUGAGAAUCGUGACCUAA